AGUUUCCCCCUUUAUUCGGCAUCAUUUCAUUUCGUUCAAGGUUCUACAGGCUGAUGUAUAUCACCAUGUCGGCCUACGAUCUGAAAGGCAAAACUACCAUCGUUACCGGCGCGGGCUCCGGUAUUGGCCAUGCCCUUGCAGAGAUGUUGCUUCAAGCCGGGUCAAAUGUCGUUUUUGCCGACCUGAACCUGCGACCGGAGGCUGAGUUGACAGUUAAAACCCAUUCGGUGUCUACAGGAGAAAGCGGCCCGGUCGCUCUUUUUCACAAGACAGAUGUGACGGACUGGGCUCAAUUAAGUAACUUAUGGAAAACAACGUUGCGGACGUUUGGGCAAAUUGAUGUCGUCGCCAACAUAGCGGGCGUAUAUGAACCACCAUCAAGCAAUUUCUGGAAGCCACCGGGCAUCUCCCCCGAAUCAAAGGAUAUAAUCGAUGCAAAUCAUGGACAAUAUGCCACAAUUUCAAUCAAUUAUAUUGCUCCUGUCCGACUAGCCCAGAUGGCCAUUGACUACUGGUGUCGAAACCCCCAUAUCAAAGGAAACUUUCUUGCUGUGUCAAGCAUGGCUGCCUACUUGCAUUCUAUGGAAAGUCCGCUCUACAUGUCAAGCAAAGCAGGCCUCGUAAGCUUCAUUAAAAGCCUUGGCGAGCUAUAUGACGCUCUUGGAAUUCGCGUAUCGGCGGUUUGCCCGGGGGUCGUCCUCACUCCCCUGCUCGAGGCCAAGUUCGGUGAGAAGUUGGAACAAGACGACACGUCUCUUACUCCUCAUGAAUGCGCCGGAGUAAUUCUCCGUGUUCUCAUAGAACCACAAUGGGGCCGAGGUAGUAUUGUCGAAACGAGUAAGAAUUUCAGUAGGGAAGUGUGGGAAGUCACAGUCCGUGACGUUCAACUUGAGGCAUUGUAUCCAUCUUCGGGGUCAAUCAGUCGCUUGGGAAAGCGGGUUACUGAAGGUAAACAGAAACUUAUAGCUCGGCUUCAGGAGAUGGGCACCCAGCCAUGAGAUAUGUAAUUUAGCACAUUGAGAUUCUUUUGGGCAAUAAUUUCCUCUAUAUGCACAAAUAAUCCCAAGAGGAGUAGAUGGUUCUUCAUCAUAACCAGACCGUUACUAUAUAGUGAGAGUCACCUC